CAAGACUGAAAUUUAAAAGGCUCAUAUCCUAGUGCCGUAGGGGAAAUGGACGACGAACUUGUCCUAAACAUCGCCGAGGAUGCAUCUUCUGGACCCGCAAAGCUAGCAUCGAAAAAAUCUGGUCGCUGGACGGACAGGUUGAAGGCCAAACGAGUCCAGAAACGCAGGACUGACCAGCAGUCUGAUCAUCCUGGCAGUGAUGACGAUGAUAACCCUCGUCCUGCGAAGCGGAUGCGGCAGGACAAGUCCAUGCCUGCUUCCAAAGCAAUUUCUGCAGCGGACCGUCCAGCACUUCCACCCAAGCCUCCGACUCAGAUAAUAUCUUCUCUGUUCUCAUACAACCCUAAGGUCGAAGCGCCUACACCCUCCGUCCAAAAAGCACCCUCUAAACCAAGUAAUGCACCAUUAACUGGUUCAGCUACGUUCGCAGACUUGGGUCUUCACCCUCUUCUCGUUGCUCAUCUACAGUCCAAGAUGGGUAUAACAAAACCAACAUCUAUUCAACGCGCCGCCCUUCCUAUUUUUACGAACCCCUCUUCCGAGGACAUGAAUGCCCGAGACGUAUUCAUACAAUCGCAAACUGGUUCCGGAAAGACCAUGUCGUUCCUCCUACCUAUAAUCCAGGAUCUUCUCCCCCUCAGCACACACUCUUACAUCGACCGCUCGAUAGGAACACUCGCUAUCAUCAUCGCACCUACUCGUGAAUUGGCAAAGCAAAUUUCCGACGUCCUAGAGGCGGUAUUGACACUAAAGCUGCGUGCAGAAGGCGAACAGGAGGACGCAGAGAGCUCUACACGUUAUACCCGAUGGUUAGUUUCCGGCUUGCUGAGCGGAGGCGCAACUCGUACGCACGAGAAAGCGCGUCUACGGAAAGGUGUACCCAUUCUUGUCUCGACGCCAGGUCGACUACUAGAUCAUCUGCAAAAUACAUCUUCUUUCAAUGUUGGAAAAUGCAGAUGGCUUGUACUGGACGAAGCGGACCGCUUGAUGGAGCUUGGUUUCGAAGACACCAUAAAAGGGAUCAUACAGGGUCUGGAUGGGAGGAGGAAGCUCGCAUUCCAAGCCGUUCAAGACGGUAAGACCUUCGAGGUUGGAGGGUGGGAUUGGGAUCGGCAGAGGCGGACAAUCCUUUGUUCAGCUACUAUCCGUGAAGAUGUGCAGAAACUCGCAGGCACUACUCUGAUACGGCCGCUGGUAAUCAAAGGCCUCGACAAGGAGAAACCGGAGGAUGCGUCUAAAUCCAACCUUGAAAACGAGCCAGCCACCACCAGUACCGAAAAGUUCACCCCACCGUCACAACUCUCCCAGAAACAUGUAAUCGUGCCCCUCAAGAUGCGUCUUGUCGCACUGGUCGCACUUCUCCGCUCUUUGCUGGCACAGACACAAGGACAGAAGGGGUCGAAAAUCAUCGUAUUCCUCAGCUGUACAGACUCCGUGGAUUUUCACUGGCGCUUGCUAGGCGAUUCAUCAAUGGAGAGUGAAAAAGCUGAACGUACCGAGUCCGGCGAAGACAAGAGUGAUGACGAAGAUGAUGAGGGAGACGAAUCUGUUCAAGAGGAGAAAGACAAAGAGGAGAACAAAAUCGCUGCUCAUUCCCCGCUCCUUCCAGGUGCCUCAAUAUUUCGUCUUCACGGCUCCCUACCCACGCCCAUCCGUCUCGCCUCCCUACGCGGAUUCUCAGCUACACCUUCCUCAAAAUCGAAACAACCUGCUGCCACGUCCUCCAUCCUCCUUUGCACAUCCGUAGCGUCCCGUGGUCUUGAUCUACCCCUUGUUCGCGCAGUCAUACAGUACGACCUGCCCACUGAAGGUGGUGCGACUGAAUACGUGCACAGAGUGGGCCGGACGGCACGUGCAGGUAAGGGCGGCGAGGCUUGGAGUAUUGUUGCGCCCAGCGAAUCUGAAUGGGUGAAAUGGGUGGAAGGGAAGAUGCGUGGGGAUAUGACGGGAGAUAAUGAUGAUAAGCCCAGCGCAGAUAAAGUCAACAUUACUCUUGAAGGCGCAAGCAUCGAGGGCGUGCUAGCGAAGGGCUUUGGCGGCAAAGGCACCGAGUACGAGGCACGUGCGACAGAAGUACAACUUUCUUUCGAACGUUGGGUCUUGCGUCGUAAAGAGAACGCAGAACUCGCUCGGAGAGCAUUCACUUCGCACAUGAGAGCAUAUGCGACCCACCCGUCGAACGAGAAGCACAUCUUCCAUGUCCGACACCUUCACUUCGGACAUUUGGCAAAAGCAUUCGCACUGCGUGAGGCGCCGAAGACGAUUACUGACGGAAAGAACAAAAAUUCCAGUGCAUCCAAAAGUCGUGGCUCACGUCCUGCUAAAUCUGCAAAGUCUACAAAGCAGCAUGAUGUCGGUGAUGCAGAGCAACGGAUGCAAGAUAUUGUUCGUGCGCAGGGCCGGUUGUCGAAGCAGGGUGGCAAGAUGAUGAGCAGUGGGACAGACGAGUUUCAGAUUGCAUCAGGCGCUGCCUUGAAUUCACUUGUUCAUGGCUAUCGAAUGUAGUCAGACAGAGGGCUUUAAGUUGACCUACUUCUAUAGCAUGCGAUUAGUGACGUGGUGCUCAUUACUAGGCUAUGAAAUACA